GCCCCAUAUCGGGACUGCCGCGAUGCCCUUGCAAUGGCUGCAAUCUCUCCAAGUUUGGUUCUCUAUUCGCUACUACCAUGAACUCUUCUGAGGCUGCUCUCGAGGUUAUCCCGCUUAUUCCCCGGCCUCACCAGCGGAGGCAAUGGAAAGCAAAUCCUUACUGGCUGAUUCCGGUCAUCAUGCUCGCAUCAAUGGCACGGGGUCUUACAAUGGCUCCACGAAUUCAAGUUUACACUGACAUUGCUUGUCGUGCCAUUGAGGAACCGUUCCCCAGCUCAGGCACCCUGGAAACCUUCACAGACUGCUCGUCGUCACCGGCAGUUCAAUCCCGUGCGGCGGCAAUACAAGCUUCGAUAACGACAGUUAUGAGCAUCCUAAGCGCCACUACCACUGGUCCUUGGAGCCGGCUGGGCGACUCAGUUGGACGCAAGCCUAUUCUGUUCGCCAACCUUGUCGGUGCAAUGAGCUUGGAAUUAGUUUUCCUUCUCGCCACUGCGCCCAAUACUAUCUUCUACGAUUAUGCCGAACAGGUUCUGAUGCUGGGAUUCAUUAUUGAUGGUUUGUCGGGAGGUCUCUCAGCCUUCAAUGGGCUUUUUCAUGCGUACAUCUCAGAUUGCACUGAGCAUGGUUCUCGCUCCAAGAUCUUUAGUACCAUUCAGGGACUGGUUUUCAUUGGACUAGCUGCCGGGCCGUCGUUCGGCGGUAUUAUAAUGACUCUCUUCACAAACAACACUUACGACUUGUUCUAUGUCAGCGUCCUCCUCCUUGCGGCGAUUCAAUGCUACCUCAUAUUCUUCUGUCCGGAAUCUCUUCAAAAGAAUGAUCAGACCGUGGACGAUACACAUAUACCCACAUUAUCGCCGUCAAGCUUGAAGAGGCUAACGUUGCCGUCAAUAAAGUCCUACUUGACAAAAUUCAUCAAAACCCUUCUCUCGCCAAUAUCUAUGUUCGCUCCUCGAACCCGUGUAGGACGAGCAUCUAGAGACUAUAAUCUGACUUUCGUUGGACUCAGCCUAUUCCUAUACCUGAUUUCAAUUGGCGUCUAUCAAAUCAAAUACCUUUAUGCAAAACAUAUUUAUUCUUGGUCAAGCUCUGAUCUGGGGUUCUACAUGUCAUUUCUGUGGGUGUCGAGAGCCAUUAAUCUUCUCGUUAUAAUACCUGUGAUUGUUGCCUAUUUCAAGCCCAAAGCCGGAUCAGAAGGGUUCUCCAUCUAUUCUGAGAUGCAUUUCGACAAGCGUUUGGCUCAGUGUUCAUUUGCGGUUGAUGGAUUGGCAGAUGGAUUGGUUGCGAUAACACCGGCAUCAGCUCCAUUGUUCACAGUACUAUCGUGCUUGAACUCGUUCACGUCUGGCGGUAACCCAGCCGCACACUCACUCGGGGCGGUAUGCCUGCAUGCCAGCGGGCACAGCUCCGAGUCAGGAGCUUUGUUUGGGGCAAUGGCGGUGCUGUCUGCUAUAGCCCACACGAUAUCGCCCACUAUCUAUGCCGUCACAUACGGAUCAACUGUCGCGUACUUUCCUAAAGCGAUCUUUUGUCUCGCAGCGGCGAUUCUGGCAACUGUUGUCUUCUUGUUAAGUUUGGUCCGAACCACAGGUGGUACGGCAGUGCCGUAUACGACGGUUUCUUCUUCUGAAGAGGCUGGGCCCUCGAAUAGCGAAGAUCCCCGUGAUUUGUCGUAAGAGAAAUUGUGUGGUGUUCUUUCUUGCUCUGCUCUGAGAAGCAUGAACGUACAAUCUUCUCUUUCGUCACGAGAUCGGUCAAUUGUAAUUUGAAUGCUUCCUGUAGCUAUUAUGUAAACUAUGUUAAUCCAGAGGUAAACCCUUUCACAAGAAUGGC